AGUCUAAUUUAGCCCAAUCGAAAUAUCUUGGACCCAAGCGUAACCCAAAAUAACCACUGAUACUCUGACGCUAGUUGUAGGGUCGGCUUCCCGGCAACCGACAUUCUUUCUCUUGAAAGCCUAAGCCAUCUCUAUUCUCUUCGAAUCAUCAUCUUCGUUGAUAUUUUCUCCUAUUCCUUGGCUUCUGAAGUAAUCUUUUUAGUGCCUCAGUUCCUCAACAUCUUUUUGUUUCAUCUUCAGUAAUGGCUGCCAGGAUUCUUGCCAACUUGAUAGUAAUGGGAUCUGGAAUAAUGGCAAGAGCUCUAGUUCAAGCAUAUCGUCAAGCACUUGCAAAUGCUUCAAAAACUGGUGUUGCUCAAGAAGCAGUGCAAAAUAUCAGGAGAACAAGCAAAAUUAUGGCUGAACCAGAAGCAAGGCAGAUUCUUGGAGUCACUGAGCAGGCAUCGUGGGAAGAGAUCAUGCAGAAAUAUGACAACUUGUUUGAGCAGAAUGCAAAACAUGGGAGCUUUUACCUCCAGUCGAAGGUUCACAGAGCUAAAGAAUGCUUAGAAACAGUUUACCAACCGAAAACUCAGGGAACUACAGAUGCAUAACUGCUGGAGAUUGUGUGUACUUCAUAUUCUUUUAGCCAUUUUUAAUGGCUAGCUGUUGUGGUCACCCAAAUUACCUUGCGUUUUAAUCUCAUUAUAAUAGAUGGGGAUUUUGUCUAGUCUUGACUCUUUUUACCUUGGCCAACUUGGGUUGGAGUAUUCCUUUUAUUAAAUGAGAAAACUUAUUUGAAGGAA